CGGAAGUGAGAUUAAGCGCCUCCUUCAUGGAUUCCUCUAGGUCUGUGUGUCAUUUUUAACAUUUAAUGUAUUUCAUUUGAAUCGUCUUCACUGUAUUGGUGUGAGAUUAUCCAGCGGUCCCGCCUUCACCAUGUGGGACCAUGAGAUCAAAGCCAUGGCGUCCACGCACGCGAUCAUCGCCUCCUCGGUGUUCAUGGCCACCGUCCUACCUGCGGUGCUCGUGCCGGGCUUCUCGGUGUACGGCGCUCACCUGUUGUGGCUGUACUCGGUGUCCGGGGCCGUGACCGUGGUCAGCGUGGCCGUCUUCUGGCUGCUCGGCAUCACGCCGCCCACCAAGAAGCACACGCUGGGAUACAAGCUGUCCAGGGUGGUCCGCUCCUGUCUGUACUUCUUCCUGUCGUGCCUCUUCUUCCACACCGUGGUCGUCCUGUACGGAGCUCCGCUGAUAGAAUCGGCCUUGGAGACGUUCUCCCUCUCUGUGCUGCUGACCUCUCUGACCACUCUGAGGUGUCUCUGCGUCCUCGGCCCCAACGUCCAGGCUUGGAUCCGGGUGUUCAGUCGACAUGGAGCGAUGUCGGUGUGGGACACGUGUCUGCAGAUCACAGUGGCCUGCACUCUGGUUGGAGCCUGGCUGGGAGCUUUUCCUAUACCUCUGGACUGGGACCGGCCUUGGCAGGUUUGGCCCGUUUCCUGCAGUCUGGGCGCGAUGAUCGGCUACCUGACCGGACUUGUCGCCGCUCCGGCGUGGAUCCACUACCAUCGCAAACAGCUCACAUACAAGUGCAAGUGAGAGGCAGGCGGCUGCCUGUUUUGUAUCAGUAUGUCCAUGGGGGGGGAAUUCGUUGCGUUCCUGCUGAAGUUCUUUGACUUUAUUUAUUGAGUGUUCACUGUGUUUGCAGCCUGGAGGAUGAUGAGAUGAUUUUUUUAACAAUGCAGAGGUUAUUUUCUACCUGUGAAGCUGAACCUGAAUGUUUUUUAUUCACAUGAAUAAAACAUACUUCAUUAAUGAUUUGCAGCAGUGUGAGUUUCCUUUUUCAAUAUC